CACGUUUACUUACACAAUACUACAGUAUGGCCAACGCUAUGCUUGCCGUUAAUUUUGUACCCAACAAGUUUGGUAGAGUUCGACUAGAGCAGAAUGGUUACCAGUACAUGGUAAAGACUACAAGAGGUGACAGGCGUUAUUGGAAAUGCAUCGUGCCGUUAUGUCCAGCUACAAUCAACACGCACUACGACACCGUCACCAAGAAUGCAAACCACCAUUCUCACCCAGCAAGUACUAUCAGGGUAAAAGCUGAGGCAGUGCUCAAUAUCAUGAGAGAACGCUGUAUGAAAGAAACUACACCAAUACCAACAAUUUACGAGGAGGAAAGGGCCAAGUUACGCAGCAUAGAGUAUAUGGAAGUAAAUCCAGAUCAUGAUGAUGUCAUCGCUGAACUGCCUACAUACUACGAGAAACGCAUGUCACUUUACAGAGCCCGCCAUAAAGAUACACCAUUGUUACCAAUCACCCGUAUAGAUGUUAACCUUGAAGGAAAAUGGACACGAACUUCGGCGGGGGAACAGUUCCUAUUCGCAGACGAUGGCAACGCAGAAAAAAUCCUGAUCUUUACCACCACUCAGAAUCUCACCAACCUUGUAGCAGCAGACGUCAUUUAUGGAGAUGGCACCUUCUACACAUCUCCAACCCAGUUUUUUCAACUGUACACACUGCACGCAAAGGUCGACGAAGUCAUGUAUCCACUCGUCUUCAGUUUACUACCGAAUAAAAGUGAACAGACGUACGACCGAUUAUUCAACUUGCUGAAGACUGCAUGUCAACAACAUCACCUCCAACUAGCACCACAGGUAUUCUUCACUGACUUUGAGAUAGCUAUACGGAAUUCCGCCCAACGAGCAUUCGCCAACAUCACACUUAGAGGCUGUUUCUUCCACUUUACUCAAUGCAUAUGGAGGAAGACACAGAAUCUUGGACUCGCCACCGCUUACAAAAGCAACGAAGACCUACGACUACUAGUAAGACGUGCAGCAGUAUUACCACUUGUCCCACCACAGCUAGUUGAGGAUGUUUGGUUUACAGCACUAGAAGACGCCGAAGAGAUCGCCAUCGACACAACCGCAUUCGCCGACUAUGUGACAGAGUACUGGGUAGAAGGAUACAAUCGCCAACACUGGAACCAUUUCAGCAAUGAAGGACCACGCACCAACAACCAUUUAGAGGGAUGGCACAGUAAACUAAAGAAGCACGUCAACCAUGCACACCCAAACAUUUACAUCCUGAUUGAAAUCCUUAAGAAGACACAAGCCAACGCAGAAGCCAACCAGAUCCAAGUAGCAGCAGGCGGGACUCAGCGACCAACAUCUUUAAAAUACAGAAAUAUCAACAAUAGACUAGCAACACUGAAAGAACGCUUCCUCCAAGGUGAACUUACCGUCCAGGACUACGCUGACCAAGCAACCUUCCUCCUCCACAUGGAAAUUCGACAGUAGUAUGCCAGUAGUGUGAAGUGUAUACAUGUAGUAUUGACAAUUAGUAAAU